AUGUUCCCGUCCAAACCUGUGGUUGACUAUAUGGACGAAAUUUUUAGAUUAUUUCCAAGGACAACAGAAAAUGACUUACUCUCAUCACCACCCACAUACAGUACCAGCUUUCUAUCUUCUCCAAUAAGCUCAGGCGCUGUCAACAGAUCUUCCAGUUCAGCUGAUUCCACAUCCCCCGAAUCAUUUCCCCAUAUUUCCAAUUAUCAAUCACCUGACUUAACAAUUGCACAUCAAAGCACAUCCCCUGAUACUCCAUUUAUACCAAGAUACCGUCCUAUUGUUGGUAGAAAAUACCCAAAUACCAAACAGCCAGCCUAUCAUGAUGUAGUGGAUACACCUGCAUAUCCCAACACAUGGGACAGAGACCAGGAACUGGCUAUCUGGCAAAACGAUGAAUUCACAUUCUCCCAAACACCACCAAAUAAUCCCAUGUUUCAUGAGCUAAGGAAUGUCACACCGAAUACAUACUAUGAACUUUUUCCACCAGAGAAAAAAUUCGAGAAUAAAACUCCUGUCAAAUCUAGACAUCCAGUCAGUUCUUGUAAUACAUCACCAAAUUUCUCCCAAAUGAGUGAGAUGUCUCCUCGUCGUUCUCCCAUCAUUCCAAGUCCAAUACGAUCCAAUGCCAUUGCUAUUUCACCAAUGUACAGUGUGGCUCGCUCAUCAAAUUCUCCCUCAGGCGAUACAAAAGUGUGCACAUUUUGCCGGAAAAAUGGGGAAACUCCGGUCGUGUAUAUGACGCAUACUGUUAAGGAGAAAAUUGGGAAUACCUUUAUUGUAACCUGUCCCAUUUUAAGAUCACAUGUUUGCUCAACUUGUGGUGGUACAGGGGAUAAUGCUCAUACUAUAACCUACUGUCCAGUGCUUCGCAAUAGAAACAACGGACAACCACUACAGUCCACCACCAUAACGCUGAAAAACACACGCAUCAAGAGCAACGGUAGAAAAAGAUAUUAAUUUUAUUGUCUAUGACAGCUUAUACAAUUAAUUUACUAACUGCAUACUCUAUAUCCAAAGAUUAUAUUAUGUGCCAAGAAUGUCAUUGCAUC